GACCGGAACCUUCUGGAACUCUUUCCUGAGGGAAUCGUGACGAAGAUGUGGACCAGUGGAUUUGAAAGCUAUAGCAGUUCCUCUUUUGGGGGAGCCGGAGGCUACACACAGUCCCCUGGGGGCUUUGGAUCACCGACACCUUCCCAGGCCGAAAAGAAAUCUAGAGCCCGAGCUCAGCAUAUUGUACCCUGUACCAUAUCUCAGCUGCUUUCUGCUACUCUGGUUGAUGAAGUGUUCAGAAUUGGAAAUGUUGAGAUUUCACAGGUCACUAUUGUGGGGAUAAUCAGAAAUGCAGAGAAGGCUGCAACCAACAUUGUUUACAAAAUAGAUGACAUGACGGCUGCACCCAUGGAUGUUCGCCAGUGGGUUGACACAGAUGAUGCCAGCAGUGAAAACACUGUGGUUCCUCCAGAAACAUAUGUGAAAGUGGCUGGUCAUCUGAGAUCUUUUCAGAACAAGAAAAGCCUGGUAGCCUUUAAGAUCAUGCCCCUGGAGGAUAUGAAUGAGUUCACCACACAUAUUCUGGAAGUAGUCAAUGCACACAUGAUGCUCAACAAGUCUAACAGCCAGCCCUCAGCAGGGAGAGCACCUGUCAGCAAUCCAGGAAUGGGUGAAGCUGGGAACUUCGGUGGGAAUAACUUCAUGCCAGCAAAUGGCCUCAGUGUGGCCCAGAACCAGGUACUGAAUUUGAUUAAGGCUUGCCCAAGGCCUGAAGGAUUGAACUUUCAGGAUCUCAAGAAUCAGCUCCAACACAUGACCGUAGUCUCCAUCAAGCAAGCUGUGGAUUUUCUAAGCAACGAGGGACACAUCUAUUCCACUGUGGAUGAUGAUCAUUUUAAAUCCACAGAUGCAGAAUAA